UAAACAAUCACAUAAUAUAGGUGGAAGAGACCGUACUAAAAAAAAGUCAAACCAAUUGACUCCAAGAAGUUGGAAAAUCGGAGCCCCGCCACAAGGGAGUUAAUACGGUACCCACAUUGGCCUCCUGGUUUUUCCUUGUAUUCUCAAAUCUGGGCGACUUUGAUUCCCGACCUUCAUCGGCCAUGUCGGCGUUGCCAUCUCCGGCGGAGGCCAGGAACUUCCACUCCGAUGAAGGGCUCGAAAGUGAGUUCAGCAAUUACAAGUACAGCAACAGCACAAGCGAGAUCGAGGAAGAUGAUUCGGAUGAGAUGUUUGAGGUUAAACGGAAAAUGGUUUCGCCGGCGGCGGCGUUAGAGAGCAUCAGAGAAGAUUACAGUGGUGGGUGUUCGUUCUCGUCGGAUGCUCUGAAAUGGGAGGAUUGCGUUUAUGUCGGAGUGGAGAAAAGCGAUUCCAGUAAUGAUGCACUUCAAUGGACGCUCAAGAACGCCAUUACAGCUUCCACCACUGUCGUCUACCUUUUGCAUGUCUUCCCUGAAACACGUUACAUUCCUAGCCCAUUGGGAAAGAUUCCAAUAAAUCAGGUUAGUAAACAGCAAGUGGCUAUCCAUGUAGCACAAGAAGAGAGCAAGAGGAAGGAUUUUCUUCAGAGUUUCAUUGACUCCUGCUCUGCAGCUAAGGUUAAGGCAGAUACUGUGCUGAUUGAGAGUGACAAGGUGGCUAGGGCCAUUUUGGAUGUUAUUCCAAUUCUCAAUAUAAGGAAGCUAGUUCUUGGAGUCAACAGAUCCAGGAAGUCGAGAUCUCGAGGGGGAAGCGGAAUAGCUAAUGAGGUACUUCAGAAAGCUCCGGGGUUUUGUGAGGUAAAGAUUGUUUGUGAAGGGAAAGAAACGAGCCAACUGGGUGGAUCGCCCUCUCCUCUUUGUUCUCCUCGCUACCAAGAUGAUAACUCCGAUAACUCCAAGGGUAAUAACGAUCCUAAUUCCAGCGUUACAGAAGCUCAAGAACAACGAAACAGUUCAGUUUCUUGCAUGUGUUUUAAAACUAAGUUUGUCUGAGCUACGUGUAUAAGGAGUAUAUUAGGAGCUCUCUUGUGCCUAAGAUUGUGUAGCUUUAUGGUACUGAUGUUCUUUGGUGCUUUCUUCCUAUAAAGGAUCAUCACUUCUAUGUAAAUGAACUUCAAUGAGAUUAGAUGAAUGCAAAAGAUUGAUAUUCCUA